AAACCAGGACAACUCCUCAUCUCUGGCACCGAAAAAACAGGCAGGGAGACGGUGGGGUGGAGUACAGGAAGCCGCUGUCCCCGACCACCUGAACAUGGGCGAAAUCUAACAACUGCAUCAAGCACUGCUUCUUUUUCACCUCCUUCUAUAAGAGCGUGUGGAGAUCUGUGAUUUCUCUUUUUUAAUUCCCGGACUUAAUUGGAGAUUUAACUGAACAGCGAGAAGAUGUCUCGGGGAGUGAUGCAGCCUAGCCAGCAGAAGCUGGCAGAAAAACUAACCAUCCUAAACGACCGAGGCAUCGGGAUGUUGACCCGUGUUUACAAUAUCAAAAAGCAAGGACAAGUUUGGAAGGCAUGUGGCGACCCCAAGGCCAAGCCCUCCUAUCUGGUCGAUAAGAACUUGGAGAGUGCUGUUAAAUUCAUCGUCAGGAAGUUCCCUGCUGUGGAGACACGGAAUAAUAAUCAACAGCUGGCUCAGCUGCAGAAGGAGAAGUCAGAGAUUCUGAAAAACUUGGCUCUCUACUACUUCACGUUCGUAGAUGUCAUGGAAUUCAAGGACCAUGUGUGUGAGCUGUUGAACACCAUCGAUGCCUGCCAGGUCUUCUUUGAUAUUACGGUGAAUUUUGACCUGACGAAGAACUACCUAGACCUGGUGGUGACUUACACAACUCUGAUGAUAAUACUGUCUCGCAUCGAGGAGAGAAAAGCCAUCAUAGGACUGUAUAACUACGCCCACGAGAUGACGCAUGGAGCCAGUGACCGGGAGUAUCCUAGGUUGGGCCAGAUGAUCGUGGACUAUGAAAACCCUUUGAAGAAGAUGAUGGAGGAGUUUGUUCCACAUGGAAAGUCCCUGUCAGACGCAUUGAUCAGUCUUCAGAUGGUCUACCCCAGGAGGAACCUGUCUGCUGACCAGUGGAGGAAUGCCCAGUUGCUCUCCCUCAUCUCUGCGCCCUCCACCAUGCUCAAUCCUGCUCAGUCUGACACUAUGCCGUGUGAAUAUCUGUCACUGGAUGCGAUGGAGAAGUGGAUUGUUUUUGGUUUCAUCCUGUGUCACGCAGUGCUGAACAGUGACGCCGCAGCCUUGUCUCUGUGGAAGUUGGCUCUGCAAAGCUCCACCUGUCUCUGUCUGUUCAGGGACGAAGUCUUCCACAUCCACAAGGCUGCAGAGGAUCUGUUUGUGAACAUCAGAGGGUACAACAAACGCAUCAACGACAUCAGAGAGUGUAAAGAACAGGCCCUCUCUCACGCAGGCUCCAUGCACAGAGAGAGACGCAAGUUCCUCAGAUCUGCUCUGAAGGAGUUGGCAACUGUUUUAGCCGAUCAGCCUGGGCUGCUAGGUCCUAAGGCUUUAUUUGUGUUCAUGGCGUUGUCUUUUGCCAGAGACGAGAUAAUAUGGCUGCUUCGACAUGCAGACAACAUCCAAAAGAAAAGCACAGAUGAUUUCAUUGACAAACACAUAGCAGAGUUGAUCUUCUACAUGGAAGAACUCCGAGCUCAUGUCAGGAAGUACGGUCCUGUGAUGCAGCGAUACUACGUCCAAUACCUGUCUGGUUUUGAUGCUGUGGUGCUGAACGAAUUGGUGCAGAACCUGUCCGUGUGUCCAGAGGACGAGUCUAUUAUCAUGUCUUCAUUUGUCAACACUAUGACCUCUCUCAGUGUCAAACAAGUGGAGGACGGAGAGGUGUUUGACUUCAGAGGCAUGAGGCUCGACUGGUUCAGACUGCAGGCCUACACAAGUGUCUCCAAAGCCAGUCUUGGUAUAGCUGACCACAAGGAGCUCGGUAAAAUGAUGAACACCAUCAUCUUCCACACAAAGAUGGUGGAUUCUCUGGUGGACAUGCUGGUGGAGACAUCAGACUUGUCCAUUUUCUGCUUCUACAGCCGUGCGUUUGAGAAGAUGUUUCAGCAGUGUCUGGAACUUCCCUCUCAGAGCCGACACUCCAUCUGCUUCCCUCUGCUCUGCACACACUUCAUGUCCUGCACACACGAGCUCUGUCCUGAGGAGUGGUUCUCUUGUCUUCCUCCACAGCGACACCAUAUAGGGGACCGGAGCCUGUCAUUGUGUAACAUGUUUCUGGAUGAAAUGGCCAAACAGGCCAGAAACCUGAUCACUGACAUCUGCACUGAACAAUGUACACUCAGCGACCAGCUGCUCCCCAAACACUGUGCAAAAACCAUUAGCCAGGCUGUGAACAAGAAGAGUAAGAAGGCAACAGGGAAGAAGGGUGAGCCUGAGCGAGAGAAGCCGGGGGUGGAGAGCAUGAGGAAGAACAGGCUGCUAGUCACCAAUCUGGACAAACUCCACACAGCGUUAUCUGAACUCUGCUUCUCCAUCAACUACGUUCCCAACUUGGUGGUGUGGGAGCACACGUUCACACCGAGAGAGUACCUCACCUCUCACCUGGAGAUCCGAUUUACAAAGUCCAUCGUGGGGAUGACCAUGUACAACCAGGCUACCCAGGAGAUCGCCAAGCCCAGUGAGUUACUGACCAGCGUCCGCGCCUACAUGACUGUGCUGCAGUCCAUAGAGAACUACGUCACCAUUGACAUCACCCGGGUCUUCAACAACGUCCUCCUGCAGCAGACGCAGCACCUGGACAGUCACGGGGAACCCACCAUCACCAGUCUCUACACUAACUGGUACUUGGAGACGUUGCUCCGUCAGGUCAGUAACGGACACAUCGCAUACUUUCCCGCCAUGAAGGCCUUUGUCAACCUGCCCACGGAGAAUGAAUUGACUUUCAAUGCAGAGGAGUACUCGGACAUCUCUGAGAUGCGUUCGCUGUCGGAGCUUUUGGGACCAUAUGGAAUGAAGUUCCUCAGCGAGAGUCUGAUGUGGCACAUCUCGUCACAGGUCGCAGAGUUAAAGAAACUGGUGGUGGAGAACAUGGAGGUGCUGACCCAGAUGAGGACAAGCUUCGACAAGCCUGACCACAUGGCGGCGCUCUUCAAGAAACUCACCUCUGUGGACAGUGUUUUGAAGAGAAUGACCAUCAUCGGAGUCAUCUUGUCCUUCCGCUCCCUUGCUCAGGAGGCUCUGAGAGAUGUUUUAUCCUGUCACAUUCCCUUCCUCGUCAGUUCGGUGGAAGAUUUCAAAGACCACAUUCCCCGAGAGACAGACAUGAAGGUGGCCAUGAAUGUCUACGAGCUGUCAUCCGCUGCAGGUCUGCCCUGUGAGAUCGACCCGGCUCUGGUCGUGGCUCUGUCCUCGCAGAAAAGUGAGAACAUCAGUCCAGAGGAGGAGUAUAAGAUUGCCUGCCUGCUGAUGGUGUUUGUGGCUGUUUCACUGCCAACGCUGGCCAGCAACGUCAUGUCCCAGUACAGCCCCGCCAUUGAAGGUCACUGUAACAACAUCCACUGCCUGGCCAAAGCCAUCAACCAGAUCGCUGCUGCUCUCUUCACCAUCCACAAGGGAAGCAUAGAGGACCGUCUGAAGGAGUUCCUGGCUCUCGCCUCAUCCAGUCUGCUGAAGAUCGGUCAGGAGACGGACAAGAUGACGACGCGUAACAGAGAAUCUGUCUACCUGCUGCUGGACAUGAUCGUGCAGGAGUCCCCGUUCCUGACCAUGGACCUGCUGGAGUCCUGUUUCCCCUACGUCCUGCUGCGAAACGCCUACCACGCCGUCUACAAACAGAGCAUCAGCGCUAACGCGUAGUCGCACAGUAACCACACGGCGAAGGCCUUCGAUUCCACCGCGCUGUCUGCCACCUUGUACCGCAACGAAUACACACUAAGAUCAUACACUAAAGACAAACUAGAACACGCUAAACUAUGUCGACGCGACCUCAACGCGCCAUCCUGACAGCAGCGACGCGACACCGUCGGUGUCGACGCGAGAGAAUAGUGACACACUAACAGUAUAGCAUUUAAAAACAAGUCCACACUAAAUACAGAACAAAUACUGUACAUUUGAGAAAAAAAAAAAUGCCAAAAGAACAUGUAAAAACACACAAAGACGUCAAAAUAAACCUAAAAAAAAAAAAACAUUAACACACAGACUCACACUAGCUGGAUGAAGUUGGGGAUCAGUGUCUUUAUUUUACUCAUUGUACUUUUCUCAUGAUGUUGCCAGGGACCAUAACCAUAGCAACACAUAAUAUACCACAUGUUUGUUUGGUAUAACAGAACAAAAAUAUAAAUAUAUAGUUAUAUAUAUAGUUGAUAAUAAAAUAUUCUUUUUUUUGUUUCGUUUGUUUGUUUUUGAUGAGAGGUUUAAGAUUUUUAGUGGUGACGGUUUGGAUGCUUAUUUUGGGAAUGCAAAUGAUUCUGAUGUGAUGUGGGGUUGUUUUUUUUUCUUUUUCUUGCUUUUAUCAAUGAGGGCGGGGUCAUGUGUUCAUAAUGAAAGACCUGUUGCUUGUUAAUGUAAGUUUACACACGUAUGUAUACAUUAUACACACACACACUAACAUCCUGAACAUCUGUAAAACUACAAACACUAAUUUUUCAGCAUUUCAUAGUAAACACACACACACGGGCAGAAAUACACUUUCUUUUCUUUUUUUCUAGCUAGUCGUAACAAUCUUUCUUUGUGGGUAAAGAUAUGAUAUCUGUAUUCUAUACUUUGAUGUGAACUGAACUUGUCUGUUUUCAAUGUUCUUGUUUUGUUCUUUUUACGACGAUGACGACAAUGAUGAUGACGAUUUGCCAAAUGUGUUGACACUAAAAAGUUGUGUAUUAGGGUUGGGAAGUGGUGAAGUGUUUGGGAACAUUAAUGGGGGAAAAAAUGCCAUUUUGAAAUGUUUGGUUUGUCACUGCAGCAGCUCAGUAACAGAAGAGGUGACGUGAGGACUUUUAAAUUACUGCAGUGGAAAUAUAGUGGCGAUCAGGAGUCGAGGUCCAGCAGGUGGCGCUCUUUUUCUUCAGUGGUGUAAAGUGAAAAUCCAUUUUGAAAAAAAAAAAACAAGUGCAGAAGGACAAAAUAUAAUUAAACUUUCUAACAAAGUUAGAAGUGAAUGAAGAGGAUGAAAUGCUCAAUUUUAUCUUUUGAUUGUGGGACAAUUUGCUGAAUUCUUGCAUCAGAUUUCUAACCGUUUGCAGAGAUGUUAAUAUUUACACUCCACUGUCAGAACACUGCAGAUAACACUAAGUCCUAAAAUAAAAAAAAUAAACCUGUGCUGCAAUAAGACAAAAAUAACAAGUAUUCACCUGGAUGAUGUUUGAAAAACUGUGUCCUCUGAUGAUGAUGGUUACAUUUUUCUUUUGUGAAAAGAUGGAGGACUUUUACAAAAAUGUGGUGUCUUUAUUUUUGAAUGCGGCGAAGGCUUCAUCCUGAGACACCUAAACAAAACAAUGUUUUCCUCUGUGUCGGCUCCUCUGCUCAUGUACUAACAGCAGCUCAGACUGAACAUGGCUCGCUCAGGACUGCACUCUCACCUGGGACGGUCUGAAAAUGACACAGGAGCUGCAGAGUUUGUGAUUCUACUGUGCAUCUGUCCUGUGGUUUGCAUUAUAAGCUUGUGAGACAGAUCUACAAGACACUUUUCUGCCAUUUGAUGUGGACUGGUGGUUGCUCUUUUUCUUUCUAACCUAUUUUUGUGUCUCUAAUUCCACCGUGUAACUUAAACGACAUGAAUAAAAUAAAGUUUAGGGCUGUGUCAGA